AUGAAGAAUUUUUCAUUUCCUAUGCAGGAUAACACACAUCAGACUGAGAGUCCUUCUCCUCACAGAUUCCUGAGUUUGACAAAUCAGUCAGAUCCUGUUGGAAGACCAGAAAGAGAUGAGCAAUUAGCUCAAGUAGAGAUUGCCGUACUGGGGGUCAUAUUUCUGACGGCGUCUGUGGGCAAUUUUAUUCUCAUACUGGUGCUGUGGCGAAGAAGAAAGAAGCUCUCUAGGAUGUAUGUGUUCAUGCUUCACCUCAGCAUCGCUGACUUAGUGGUAGCCUUUUUUCAAGUGCUUCCUCAACUCAUAUGGGAUAUUACAGAUGUUUUCAUAGGGCCAGAUUUCUUGUGCAGAAUUAUCAAGUAUCUACAAUUGCUGGGCAUGUUUGCCUCUACUUAUAUGAUAGUGGUCAUGACAGUGGACAGAUACCAAGCGGUUUGCUACCCUAUGGUCACUUUCCAAAAGAAGAGAGCUCUCUGGAACAUCCCCAUUUGCACCAGCUGGUCUAUAUCACUGAUUCUUAGCCUACCACAGGUAUUUAUCUUUUCUAAGACUGAAAUAUCUCCAGGCAUCUUUGAAUGUUGGGGUGAAUUUGUUCAGCCAUGGGGCCCAAGGGCAUAUGUGACUUGGAUUUUUGUAGUUAUAUUCUUCAUUCCCUCAGCCAUCCUUAUCAUGUGCCAGGUUAAGAUUUGCAAAAUAAUCAAAAGAAAUAUAUAUGUGAAAAAACAGAAUGAAUAUGAAGUAACAAAUCAGAAGCAAGUCCUGCCAUCCCGAGCAAGCAGUGUGAACUGUAUUUCAAAGGCUAUGAUCAAGACUGUAAAAAUGACAGUGGUGACAGUUGUUGCGUAUGUUCUCUGUUGGUCACCUUUCUUCAUUGCACAGCUGUGGUCUGUGUGGUUCCCCAGUGUCGUGACCGAAGGUUCAGCAUUCACCAUUAUCAUGCUCCUUGGCAAUCUAAAUAGUUGCACCAACCCAUGGAUUUACAUGUAUUUUUGUGGCCACAUUCCGUAUUGCACAAAUAAGCAGCAGGAGAACACCUCGGCUCAAGAGGAAUCGAUGAUCACGGGGAGCAUUCAUCUUGUAGACAGAGACCCUGAGGAAAACAGUACUUCUGCAUAA